AUCUGUAAUGAAAGUGUAAAGAAGACGAAUAUGUGUGCUGACACAGAGGGGGUUAUAUCUGCUGAAAAUUAGUAGGAAAAGGACAAGAAAUGAAAAGGUCCCGGAAUCCCUUACCCGCAAAAAAUUCACUCAUGUCCCAUUCGGCCCACUAUCGCUUAUGCAGCAGCAGUGAGCAGACACGCGGUGCUCCUGUCCUCCUCCUGACACCGUACGAUGCCCACCAUCUGUGGUCUCAACCGUAGAUUCUCCUCCUCAUCCCCCAUCGCCCCCCAAAAGGCAGCCCGAGAAUAAAGGGGCCGGCGAAACCCUACAAAACCCCAAUCCCUCAAUCCUCCUCCCCUCCGGUUAUGGACCCUCGCCGCGUUCCCCGCACCGUCAGCGACCCAAAGGUCCGCCAAGUCGGAUUCUUUACCCCACCGGAUCGCUCUCAAUCGGGACCGCCGGCGCCGACGUCCUCGUCGCCUCCUGUGUCGGACGUUUCCCCCUCCGGCAACUCGCUGUCCCCCGUCAUGAUCCCUCCGCCGCGCCACCUCUCUACGGAUCUCUCCCGUCCGUUUACCCAGGCUCCGCCUCUUUCCCCUCUCCGCGUUGUUCGAGCUGCGGAUUCUUCUGUCCCUAUCGGCAGUUAUAAUCCAUCUGAAUUCCAGUCGACCUCUGUUGCUACAACGGAGGUCGCAGAGGAGCAGUUGUCCCCUAAUUGGGGCCGUGGAGCUGUUUCUGGAAAGUUUGCUACUUCGCUGCCGGCUGGUGCGCUUGAUUCGGCGUUGGUUAAGAAGAAUAGUAUUGGUAAUUUGCCCCCUGAUGGAAGGCAAAGGGAGGAGAUGCAGGAGGAGCAAAGGGCAGUGGAUGAAAAGCCAUUAAAAGAGAAGACAACGAAAGCAGAGAGACGGGCAAUUCAGGAGGCACAGAGAGCUGCAAAAGCUGCUGCUAAAGGUGAAGGAAAUAAGACAUCUGCUGCUACUGCCAAUCGAGCACAGCCUAACACAGGUAAGUCAAAGGCCAUUUCGCAAAAGAAAGACAGCUCAUCAAUCGCAGCCUCUGAAAAGAAAGGUAGUGAUCGCCAACAAGAUAAAGAUAGGAAGAAAGACGUUCCUCAUCCACGGAUGCAAUUUGAUGAUGCAAACAGAGUUGAGAAGGCAAAGAAGCGAUCUGUAGUAAAACAAACUGAAGCUAGGAAUCGAGUUGAACUCUUUAGGCACCUACCUCAGUAUGAACAUGGAACUCGACUUCCUGAUUUGGAAUCAAAGUUCUUCCAACCACAUCCUGUUCACCCUGCUGUGUACAAGGUUGGACUGAGAUAUCUAGCUGGCGAUAUUUCUGGUGGCAAUGCCCGGUGCAUUGCCAUGCUUCAAGCUUUCCAAGAGUCGAUAAAGGAUUACUCAACGCCAUCAGAGAAGACCUUAAUAAGAAGGGACUUGACAACAAAGCUAAAUGGUUACGUCUCUUUUCUGAUUGAAUGCAGGCCCCUUUCAAUCAGCAUGGGGAAUGCAAUUAGGUUUCUCAAAACCCGAAUUGCCCAAUUGCCUGAGAAUCUGUCUGAGUCAGAGGCUAAAACCAAUCUCAUAUCUGAUAUUGAUCGUUUUAUAAACGAGAGAAUUAUUCUAGCUGAUAAGGUGAUUGUGAAGCAUGCCGUAACCAAGAUUGUGAAUGGUGAUGUUCUUCUCACAUAUGGAUCGUCCUCUGCUGUCGACAUGAUAUUGUUGCAUGCCCAUGAGCUCGGUAAACAGUUCCAAGUGGUUGUAGUGGAUUCGCGUCCGAAGCUUGAAGGCCAGAAAUUACUUCGCAGGCUUUUGGGGAAGGGUAUUAAAUGCACAUACACUCAUAUAAACGCCGUUUCUUAUAUCAUGCAUGAAGUCACUAAGGUACUCUUGGGUGCUUCGUCGGUGCUGUCUAACGGAAUGGUAUACUCAAGAGUCGGCACUGCGUGUGUUGCCAUGGUAGCUCAUCAGUUCCGCGUGCCAGUUUUGAUAUGCUGUGAGGCUUAUAAGUUUCAUGAAAGGGUUCAGCUCGAUUCAAUUUGCUCCAAUGAACUCGGUGAUCCCGACGUCAUUUCAAAGGUUUCGGGUCGGAAGGAGAUCGGCUAUUUAAAUGAUUGGGCCAACAUCGAAAAUCUGCAGCUUUUAAAUUUGUUCUAUGACGCAACACCUUCAGACUAUAUAUCAAUGAUUGUUACCGACUAUGGCAUGAUCCCACCGACUAGCGUACCUGUUAUAGUCCGAGAAUAUAAUAGAGAGCACUUGAUGAUAUAAAGAUGAGCGGCGCUCGGGGAUGAUGUUACAGACAGCACACAAAAUCUGAUGUUCGACAUUCUUCUUAUUGUGU